UACUGGGCAGGCUCAGUCUUUCGCCUCAGUCUCGAGCUCUAGCUGGCAGCCAAGGGGUGCGCUCCGGCAUCUUUAGUAGCUGCGGCCGCUAUCGUCGUCGCUUGGGUUCCUCUGGGCUCGUCUGCGCCACUCGUCCGCCGUACACUCCGCCGUCAUAAGCCGCCAUCAUGGUGAAGCUCGCGAAGGCCGGCAAAAAUCAAGGUGACCCCAAGAAAAUGGCUCCUCCCCCAAAGGAGAUAGAAGAAGAUAGUGAUGAUGAGGAAAUGUCAGAGGAUGAAGAAGAAGAUAGUAGUGGAGAAGAGGUUGUCAUCCCUCAGAAAAAAGGCAAGAAGUCCACCACAACUCCAGCAAAGAAAGUAGUGGUUUCCCCAACAAAAAAGGUUGCAGUUGCCACAUCUGCCAAGAAAGCAGCUGUCACCCCUGGCAAAAAAGCAGCAGCUGUACCGGCCAAGAAGACUGCUGCUGCUACACCAGCCAAAGCAGUAGCAACUCCUGGCAAGAAGGGAGCCACACCUGGCAAGGCAGCGGUAGUGGCGACUCCUGGUAAGAAGGGAGCAGUGGCCCCAGCCAAGGGGGCAAAGAAUGGCAAGAAUGCCAAGAAGGAUGACAGUGAUGAGGAAGAUGAGGAAGACAGCGAUGAAGACGAUGAGGAUGAGGAUGAAUUUGAGCCAGCAGUGAUGAAAGCAGCAGCUACUGCUUCUGCCUCAGAGGAUGAGGAUGAUGAUGAGGAUGAAGAUGAUGAAGAUGAUGAUGAGGAUGACGAUGAGGAAGAAGAUGACUCUGAAGAAGAAGCUAUGGAGACUACACCAGCCAAAGGAAAGAAAACUCCUGCAAAAGCUGUUCCUGUGAAGGCCAAGAGCAUGGCUGAGGAUGAAGAGGACGACGAGGAGGAAGAGGAAGAGGACGACGAAGAGGAGGAGGAUGAUGAGGAGGAUGACGAUGAGGAUGAUGAUGAAGAGGAGGAGGAGGAAGAAGAGGAAGAGCCUGUCAAAGAAGCACCUGGAAAACGAAAGAAGGAAAUGUCCAAACAGAAAGCUGCUCCUGAGGCCAAGAAACAGAAAGUAGAAGCAUUAGAAACUACAGCUUUCAAUCUCUUUGUUGGAAACCUGAACUUCAAUAAAUCUGCUCCUGAAUUAAAAACGGGGAUCAGUGACCUUUUUGCUAAAAAUGAUCUUGCUGUUGUGGACGUCAGAAUUGGUGUGUCUAGGAAGUUUGGCUAUGUGGAUUUUGAAUCUGCCGAAGACCUGGAAAAAGCCUUGGAGCUCACAGGUUCAAAAGUCUUUGGCAGUGAAAUUAAAUUAGAGAAACCAAAGGGAAAAGACAGCAAGAAAGAUCGAGAUGCCAGAACACUUUUGGCCAAAAAUCUGCCUUACAAAGUCACUCAGGAUGAAUUAAAAGAAGUGUUUGAAGAUGCUGUGGAGAUCAGAUUAGUCAGCAAGGAUGGGAAAAGUAAAGGAAUUGCCUAUAUUGAAUUUAAGACAGAAGCUGAUGCAGAGAAAACAUUGGAAGAAAAGCAAGGAACAGAGAUAGAUGGGCGUUCUAUUUCUCUGUACUACACAGGAGAGAAAGGGCAAAGUCAAGACUAUAGAGGUGGAAAGAACAGUACUUGGAGUGGUGAAUCAAAAACUCUGGUUUUAAACAACCUCUCCUACAACGCAACAGAAGAAACUCUUCAGGAAGUAUUUGAGAAGGCAACUUCUAUCAAGGUGCCCCAGAACCAAAAUGGCAAAUCUAAAGGGUAUGCAUUUAUAGAAUUUGCUUCAUUUGAAGAUGCUAAAGAAGCUUUAAAUUCCUGUAAUAAAAGAGAAAUUGAGGGCAGAGCAAUCAGGCUGGAGUUGCAAGGGCCCAGAGGAUCACCUAAUGCAAGAAGCUUGCCAUCCAAAACUCUGUUUGUCAAAGGUCUGUCUGAGGACACCACUGAAGAGACAUUGAAGGAGUCAUUUGAUGGCUCUAUUCGUGCCAGGAUAGUCACUGACCGGGAAACAGGAUCCUCCAAAGGGUUUGGUUUUGUAGACUUCAACAGUGAGGAAGAUGCCAAGGCUGCCAAGGAGGCAAUGGAAGAUGGUGAAAUUGAUGGAAACAAAGUUACUUUGGACUGGGCCAAGCCUAAGGGCGAAGGUGGCUUUGGGGGUCGUGGUGGAGGCAGAGGAGGAUUUGGAGGCCGAGGUGGCGGCAGAGGAGGCCGAGGAGGAUUUGGUGGUGGCAGAGGCCGGGGAGGCUUUGGAGGACGAGGAGGCUUCCGAGGAGGCAGAGGAGGAGGAGAUCACAAGCCACAAGGAAAGAAGACGAAGUUUGAAUAGUUUCUUCUGUCCCUGUCUGUCUUUCCCUCUUCCAUUUGAAAGAAAGGACUCUGGGGUUUUUACUCUGUUACCUGAUCAAUGACAGAGCCUUCUGAGGACAUUCCAAGACAGUAUACAGUCCUGUGGUCUACUUGGAAAUCCGUAUAGAUGACAUUUCAAGGGAGAUGCCCUGUUGGUUUUGACUGGAUAUUCAUAUAAACUUUUUAAAAAGAUGAGUGAUAGAGCUAACCCUUACCUGUAAGUUUUGAAUUUAUAUUAAGUUUCAUCCCAUGUACAAAACCAUUUUUUUCCUACGAUAGUUUUUUGUGUUGGGGGGUUGUAAAGGAAAGCAGAAUGUUUUAUCAUGAUUUUGCUUCAGCGACUUUGGGACAAAUUAAAAGUCCUAAACUCUGGUGCCAGA